ACAGUGUCCCCAGGGACUGAAGAGGGAGUUUCUCUUUUCUUCCUUGCUCCCCAAGUUGUUGUCUCUAGGCAGCAAUCAAAUACUGCCUGAUUUCAGAGAUAGAUGACUUGCCUAGCCCACGAAGUUGCUACGUCUGUGAGGUUUCAUCUGGAGAAGCAGAACAGCGCUCCUCUCUUCCCACUCCCGACCCUCCCCCCUCCUGCCGGAUCACCAGGAGGGAGGCUACGGUGAGUUGACUAGUUGUCUUUCAACUGUCACAAGCAUAACAGGGGAGAGGGAAACAACAAGACUGACUGACAGUGACAUAGAUGAGGCACACCCCUCUCUAAUGCCAGCCGCUAGGCUAAGAUGAGGGCUGACUGUUUCAAAGAAUACAUUUUCUCUUAGGCCCCCAGUGGAGCGUGGAGCGGCUGCCCAGAUCACUAGGAGGGAGGUGGCUGAUGGAAAGGCUGGGGGAAGAGGCUUUCUUUAAGGUCCACUCUCAGCUCCCAUUGCCUUCCUUUCUUCUCCUUGAACACAGUCAUUGAACCAGAAGAGAAGAAUGAGUUUGAGGAGUGGGAAAGAAAGAAGAGUGGAAAAAAUAGUAAUAAAACCGGGGGAGACGAUGAAUUGAGACUUAAGAAAGAGGAGGGAGUAAAUGAAGACAGAAGGGAGAAGAAAGCAGAAGAGGGAAGUAGGAAAGGAAAGAAGGAGGGGGAAAUAGGAGAAUAUCGGGAAGGGAAAGAGAGAGGAGGGGAGGGGAAAAUAGAGGAGAGGAGGGGAGAGACGAGGAGGGGAGGGAAGAAAAAAAGAGGGGAGGAGCCCCCUGGCCGCCAGCAGUCAGCCAGCCCCGCACGCCCAAGCCUCAGACUCCAAGCUACGGGAGUUUGAGCUCAAGCAGCUCUUGGGGGCUGAGCUGGGAGGGGGCGGUGCUGGUCCCCGAGAAAGAGGAAGAAGGGGAGACAAACCACGCCGGGCAACCGAGUUGGUCAAGGGUCCGGAGUGUCAGUCCUGUUGGACUCGGCCUCGAGGAGGAAAGCUUGGUCUCUGCCCUUUUCUCCAGGGCACCCCCAUCGCACCCCCACCCUAAGCCUCAUUCGGUGUUCUUCCCCCGCACGACCUCCUAGCGCCAGGAGAGGGAGGCAGCGUCGCGGGGAGGGGGUUCGGGGCAGACUAUGAGGCGCCCACCAUGGUGCGAUGCGACCGCGGGCUUCAGAUGCUGCUGACCACGGCUGGAGCCUUCGCCGCUUUCUCCCUCAUGGCCAUCGCCAUCGGCACCGACUACUGGCUCUACUCCAGCGCGCACAUCUGCAACGGGACCAACCUGACUAUGGACGAAGGCGGCCCGCCCCGCCAAGGAGCCCGAGGCGACCUCACGCACUCCGGCCUGUGGCGGGUCUGCUGCAUCGAAGGGAUCUAUAAAGGUCAUUGUUUCCGGAUCAACCACUUCCCAGAAGACAAUGAUUAUGACCAUGACAGCUCAGAAUACCUUCUUCGUAUUGUUAGGGCUUCUAGUGUGUUCCCUAUCCUCAGCACAGUCUUCCUUUUGCUGGGAGGCCUCUGCAUUGGUGCCGGGAGGAUUUAUAGCAGCAAAAACAACAUUAUCCUUAGUGCGGGGAUUCUAUUCGUUGCUGCAGGUCUGAGUAACAUCAUUGGAAUCAUCGUUUAUAUCUCCAGCAAUGCAGGUGACCCAAGUGACAAGAGAGAUGAAGACAAAAAAAACCAUUACAACUAUGGUUGGUCUUUUUACUUUGGCGCUCUGUCUUUUAUUGUGGCUGAGACCAUAGGCGUCUUGGCUGUAAACAUUUACAUUGAGAAAAAUAAAGAGUUAAGAUUUAAGACCAAACGGGAGUUCCUUAAGACUUCUUCCUCUUCCCCUUAUGCCAGAAUGCCAAGUUACAGGUAUAGAAGGAGGAGAUCCAGGUCUAGUUCCCAGUCAACAGAGGCUUCUCCUUCCAGGGAUGUCUCUCCCGUCAGCAUGAAGAUCUCAAGUUCCAUCCCCAUGGGAGAGAUCUCCAUGUAUACCCUGUCCAGGGAACCCCUGAAAGUGACCACGGCAGCAAGCUACAAUCCAGAGCAAGAGGCUGGCUUCCUCCAGGUUCACAACUUCCUGCAGAAGGAGCUGAAAGAAGGAUUUCAUGUCAGCAUGAUUAAUCGGCGGACCACCCCUGUGUGAAGAGAGAUCAGGAUCUCCUUCCCCUUAAAAAUAAUUUUCAUCUCCUUACUACAGUGGAUUUUUUGAUAAAACAGGAAGAUCCUUUACAGAACAAACAGACCAAAAGAGAAAAAAGAAAAAAAAACUCACUUGAAACGAAAAUUUUCCCUGAUCUCCAAAAACACAUUAAGUGCUGGUUUUUACAAAUAAGGACCCGGGGAAAUUGGAAUAUGAGCAGCAAUCAGAAACUGAGGACUGACUUUAAGCAAGGAGGUUGUUCAAAUGCCUUAAAAGGUUUAGUCAGCCUCAGAAGAAGGCAAAAUUGCUUACCUGAGCUUUCAGGAGUAACUCAGUCUUAUUGAUGCUAGAACACAAAAUUGAGCCAUUAUCUCCUUUUGAAAACAUAACUUUACAGAAGAAUGGGAUUUCUAUGGACCUGCACUUCCUAGGACCCAGAACUGCUGGAAAGCCUCCACUUUACACAAUGGAGGGCUAUUGUGGAGAUGACUACUGCUCCUUAGAAUAGUAUUUCACUUGCCUUCUGUGAUAGAGAAGAGAAAACCAAAGCUGCUCUCUCUCUUUCUGUCUCCAUCUUUCUUUCUUUCUCUCUGUCUCUAUCUCUCAGUCUUUCUCUCUCAGUCUUUCUCUCUCUCUCUCUCUCUCUCUCUCUCUCUCUCUCUCUCUCUCUCUCUCUCUCUCUCUCUGUCUUUUUCUCUUGCAAGUGGACUUGGGUUGAAAAAUUAUGAGCAGAGGACAAAAAAUCAGCAACAAGCUGGUACUUCCACAAUGCCUGUGGCUAGGACCCCAGCUCCAUUAAGGGAAUUUAAGGGAGAAGAUGAGCUGGCCUGGAAUUCUACACAUAGCAGGCACUGAGUGACUGAGGUUAGGGACCUAGAAGAAUUGAGGAGAGCAAUGGACUGGUCCACCAGAAAGGAAAAAAGCAACUAGAUGUUCAAAUGGAAAUAUGCCAAGCAGCCAUUGUGAAGGUGACUUCAGGCCUCUGUUUGUAGUCAUGACUGUAGAUGGAAAGAGCUAUCCAAACAAAAGGUGAAAGAAAGAACAUGGGGCCGGAUCAUGGAUCCCACCCCUUUGCCUCUCUGUAGGCCAAGACAGAGUGACUGCAAUGUUCCACUUUGGUUCUAGCCAGCUUUUGGCAUAGAGAAUGUUUGUACAGAUUUGUGAACUUAGAGUUAAUAUAUAAAUGAUGCUAUGAGAAAUACAGAGAACGCAAACCCACUUAGUAGAUUUAUUAUUAAACAUGUUUUAUUACAAAUACAUGCCAGGGGAACAAGUUAUAUCCAUUCCUUUUUUGUAUCCCCAGCACCCAGCACAGUGCUUGGUACAUAAUAAGCACUUAAUAAAUACUUCUUGAUUGGUUUGGUUCUUUCCCUCUAAAAACUCACAUCAUUAUAAUCUAUUUUGUUAAAAUUUGAGAGUAAUGAAUGGAGGAUAUUUGGGUAAAUGUGCAGAAAUACUCAUUGUUUCUGGCUCUGAAAAGGAAAAGACCUAAUACUUAAUUUCCUUUUUCAAGAUACAACCAUGAUGGGGGAACAUAUUCAUACAACCUUUACUUUUCCUAAUUCCUCUUUCUUUCCCUUGUAGGAAGAGGGAAAAGUAGAGUCUGUCCAAGUUCAAAAGAAAGACAUGGAUCUUUCCCUCUUUUUAUAUAAACAUGCCUUUGUGCUUUCUAAAGAUAAAUUGUUUCCUACUUUUUUGAGACAACACAACCUGAUCUGGCAUUUCUGAACACAGUAAAUGUGCUUCAAAACAUCCAUCAAAUUCUUACCUCAACUACUGGCUCACAACUCCCACUGACUAAUGGCUCAGCUUCAUGGGAGUAAGGAGGCACAGAAUUUGGUCCAUUCUGUCUGAUUAUGGCAUCACACUCACACUACCCUCCUUUGCACCUGUUAGAGAAAUUCCUUUUCUAGGUGCAAUUCCUCCAGCUGAUUGUUCCCUGUGUUAGUGAGAUAAAUGGUAGAAAUUAGUUUUCCCUCUGUGUUUUGCUGUAAUCUUUUCCUUCCAAGUUGAAGUUGGCAUUUGUAUCAUAGUGUCUCUGAGCAUUUGCUGCAACAAAAAAGAAGGGUGAAAUGGUUUGUCUUGACAAAACCUUUUCUCAGCUGUUGGGCCAACUUCACCAGCACCAUCUUCUCCAGAUCAGAUCAGGAUCCUCUUUGCCUGGAAUCCAGCUCCGAUCUGUAGACCCUCACACACUAUCGCUGUCCCCAUGCUUCUGCUCGGAGGUCGAGAGAGCCAGCUGCCUUGCAACUGUUCUAAAUUAGUCAUCUCCAAAUUCUCUGCCCUGAAGCAGCUAAAAUCUUAUGGAAGAGACUCUACCCUUCACACAGACCCAGGCCAAGAAAACAUGCCUGACUGAUGGGGAAUAAAGGGGUAGAUAGAGUGAGGGGCUGAGAAAGAGGACAAUGACCGCUAGCAAAAGAAGCUCUGACCCUUUGGCCUUCGGAUGACUUUACCUCUAUCCCUUCCUUUCCUACCCAUCUCUAAGGCAUGACCUGUCUUGCCACUAAACCCUUCCUUGCUGGAUUUCAGUCUCGGCUCAGUAAGUGGCCCCCAGCAAGGGAGGAGAGCUGGUUCACUCUUCCUUGUUAGUCUGGGCUACUGUUCUUACAGAGUAGGCAGUGGUGCUCUAACCCUCUCCGAGGGGGAGACUUGUUUUUUCCUCAUCCUCCCUUCUGACCCCUUAUCAACUCAUGUGUGUUCUACCCAUUUAGCACCAUGUGAAUCUUGUAUCUACUAUUGUUUCCCAGUUGUUGGUUUUGUCUUUUUAAAAAUAAUAAUAAUAAAAACCAUUUUUCAAAUGUUUUA